AUGGUGUAUACAAAGGCUUGGUUUUUGCAUAAUAUCGCUCGACAAACCUUGGGCAAAAAUGUCGCUGUCCAUCGUCCUCCUCUAAAAUUAUCAAAUAUGACAAAUUGGAUUCAACAGCAGCAAGCUCAAGCAAAUCUUUCUACCUCGUCGUCUUCCAUACAAAACCUUCCUGAACAUUAUUACGUUUCCGAGGAAGAUUACUUAUCCUUUGAACGUGGAUUCCCAAUCAGCAUCCGUGAUCCUCCUCUCUCUGACCCAAAGCAGUCUAUCUCUUCUCAAAACCAUUCUAAAUAUUUCGAUGCCAAUGGUAUUUCCCAUCUUUCCCACCUUCCAUCUUCGCUUCCUAGCGUAUGCGAACCCCUAACGCCUGAGGAAUUAGCCAACACUCCUCACGAGCUUGCUUAUUCUACCUCCCCUCUCUCUUUAGAGACCCCGUCUGCUAUGACCAGUCCUUCUUUAGAUCAAUCUUGCCCUCCUUCUUUGGAAUCUUCCUUUGCUUCUUUACCUCCCAGCUCUUUUUCCUCUUCAGAAAACUUUGUUUCUUUUUUGCAGCGUCUCUCCCACAGCGACCUCUCCAUUCACACCUUUGAGCUGUACAAGAUUGCUUGCGAUUCCCCCGGGGUCUUAAACUUGCGCGCAUUUAAUACCAUUCUUGAGUGCAUGACCAACAAUGAUUAUUAUAUUACUUCUUCGAAGAAUAUGCAAAAACUAAUUCGUGUUUAUGUGGACAUGCUAAAUCACUUUCUUGUUCCAGAUGCUAAAACUUUUGAAACUGUCAUCACCGCCUUGUGCCGACGUGCAGAGGUCAUUGAUGAUAGAAGCAACUUUCUUGUAAGUCGUACCUCGUUGGCCCAGUCCCACAUUGUUAAGGAUCUACAAACUGAGUUGUCGGAUUUACGCUCUGAGAUGCCCUUGCAGACGGCUGUUUUUAUGUACACUUCUAGCUUGAUCAACCACGGCAUUUCUUAUUCCAGUUCUUUUUAUGCAUAUUUCAUCGACUCAAUCGCUCGUUAUGGAACUUCUAGCCAGUUAAAAUCUUUAUUGGAGAACAUUCCUUUCGAGUCCAUCCAAGCUGACAGCCAUCCAAACUUACUUCCCGCUCUCAUUCGUGCUUUUGGAAAAGCAAAGAGACUUGAAGUUUGCUUUCAGCUUUUACAGACUUACAAUUUAUCCGAUCCCACCAGUAACUCGGAUAGCGCGAAUGUCGAUUCCUGGGAAGCCCUCAUGGAAUCCUACUUUGAGACAAAUCACUUUGCGGAAGCAAUUAAACUCAUGGAGUCAUUUUUCAAAAGUACUGCGCAUGAACAAACAAUCCCUUCAUCUGUCGUUAAUUGCUUCCUUCGCAGACUCUCUCAUCUAGGAGAUUACAAAGAGGCUGCCUACUGGCUAGAUUUAGCCUUGGACAAAAUCGACACCUAUCAAAAGGAUUCUUCCGUUCUCUCCUUCAUCUUGGGGGCUGCUUGCAAAGCAAAAGACGUAGAUUUUGCGAUAGCUUUUGUUCGGAAAUUUACACUUGCUCAGUAUAUGGAAGAACACAAGGUCCUUUUACAAUAUCUGCAAUUAUUGGUGGAUACCAAUAACAUCGAUAUUUUGAGAUUACAUGCCUACCCGGUAAUUAACUCUGUCUCUUUAUACACCAAUUUUAACUUUUCCACUAUCUAUAAAGCUUUUGUUGAUAAUGGACAUGUCAGCCUUGCUUUACGCUUGCUUAAAAAGCACGUGGAACCGAGAGCUGCGACUCCUAGCAAUAUUCCAUCAGUGAACACAACGGCUUUGCAACUGUCGGUUUUGAAUGGCUUUUGGGAUAUUUUGCCUAAAUCGCUUCAAAAUGAUUCCGAGGUUUUAAUUCAAUUGCUAUCCAUCUUGGAGAGUCAAGUCAAUUUUCCUCAGGUUGAUUUCAUUGCUCCCUUGCUUCACACAUCUGUGCAGAGCAUAAACAAAUCUACAGUGAAUUUAAACUCAUUUUCGCCUAGGACAUUUGGAUAUCUUCUUGAAUAUGCGGCUUUUAAUGUUGUCCAAACUGAAGGAUCAGCUUCCAGUAAGCGAGACUUGAAGGAAUUAUUACGGGUUUUCUCUAGUAAGAAAUAUCCUGCCACCUUUAAGAAUGUUCAUAUUUUACUUCGUUCCUUCUCUUACUUGAGAGAUGAUGAGUAUCUGGUUGAACUUGUGCGUGAUAAUAUUGUCUCUGAGGCCGUCAUUGGGUUUUCCACCGAUAAUAAAGGUCAAAAAAUUUUGGCAGAUAUUUCGCAAGUUUGCUAUUUCUUUGAUCACUUUCAAUUUAUUGAUCAUGAAGUUAAUUCUAAUGUUUCAAAAAUGAUAUCGGGUACUGCGUCCGAGCGAAUUGAUGCUAACUUGCUAUUUUUCCAAUUUGGAAAAUUAAUUGAAAAUAGUAAGUUUCUACACCCUGAAGCUUAUCCCUCCUUGAUAUCAGCUCUGAGUAAGCACAAACAAUUUGACGCCGUCCGUCGUGUAUUUGAACACUCAAAAUUGUUUUAUCGUAAGAUACGUGCGUCGUCUCCUGAAAAGGCCAGUUGGUUUAUGGCUUUAGUAUUAGACUCAAUGGUGCUAUCAUCCUCUUUUUCCCGUGAUUUCAGAGGUUCAUCUAUGUUUUGUGACCAAAUGAAAGCUAUAGGCUACAUUCCUCGAGCAUCUACUUUUGCGCAUUUGAUUAACAACUCCACGAAACGUGGGGACACCGACGAUGCUACCACUGCUUUGAAGAUAUUUGAGGAAACUAAACGUCAUAACGUUAAGCCUUCUGUUUUUCUUUAUAAUGCUGUUCUCUCCAAACUAGGUCGAGCUCGUCGUACUACCGAAUGCUGGAAGCUUUUCCAGGAAAUGAAGGAAUAUGGUUUGCUCCCUACUAGCGUGACCUAUGGAACAGUCAUUAAUGCUGCUUGCCGAAUUGGUGAUGAAGCUUUAGCUGAAAGGUUGUUUUGCGAAAUGGAAAAUCAAUCCAACUAUCAACCUCGUGUUGCACCUUAUAACACCAUGAUCCAAUUCGAAGUCCAAACUAUGUAUAACCGAGAGAAGGCGUUAUACUAUUACAAUCGAUUGUGCUCGACUGAUAUACAGCCUUCCCCACAUACAUACAAAUUGCUCAUGGAUGCAUAUGGCAUGCUUGAACCUGUCGAUGUUACAUCGGUCGAGGCGAUACUCGAGCUAAUGGAGCGAACUAAUGUUAAGGUUCUUCCAAUGCACUAUGCUGCCUACAUUCAUAUACUUGGUAUCGUAAUGUCUGAUGUUCAAGCAGCUAAUAAAUGCUAUCUUAUCGCACUUGCGAAACACGAAGCUGGGGAGAUUCGACUGGACGCAAAUCUUUUCCAAUCUCAGAUAGAAUCCUUAAUUGCUAACGAUCGCAUCAUUGAAAGAGUUCAAAUCGUUUCUGAUAUGAAAAAGUAUGGCGUGUCUUUAAACGCUUACAUUGUAAAUGCUCUGAUUAAGGGUUUUACGAAAAUUGGAAUGAUCAGUAAAGCCAGAUACUACUUUGACCUUUUGGAUUGUGGUGGUAUGUCUGGUAAAGAGCCUAGUACUUAUGAGAAUAUGGUUCGUGCAUAUUUGAGCGUCAACGACACAGAAGAAGCUGUCGAAAUUGUUGAACAGCUGAAACGGAAGCGCUAUCCAGCUCCCGUUCUAAAUAGGAUAUCUUCUCUUGUAAACAAUUACAUGUUACAAAAGCCUAAGAGAAGAACGAAUCACUACAAGCCUUAUUUGCAUUCCGUUUCAAGUGAGAGAAAUUUGACACCGUGUAGUCAAAUGGCAUAG